AUGGCGCGCCCGCGCAUCCCCGCCCUCUAUGGCAUCCUCCAGUUCUGCCUCCGCCUGACUCUCGUCGUCUUCGAGGUGUGCGCUCUCGCCGCCCUCGUCAUGCUGUCGAAAUUAAGCUUCCAUUUUCCCCUGGGCUACCUUACAUCCGUGUCAGGCAUCAUCUUUUGCAUGGCCGAGAUGGUGAGCCUCGCCAACUCGACGGGCCAGAUCCCGCGCAUGCGCACCGGCGCCAUCGUCGUCGUCGACUUCGUUCUCUUUGUCCUCGGACUCGUCGCCUUCUUCUACUUCAUUAUCCUCAACGGUUGGCGCAGCGGCAGCCCCAACCACGAGUACCGCGCCUGGCGCAACGACCCCCUGCGCAUCGAGAAGACCACUUGGGCCCCUUGGUACAUGUGGCUCCAGCUCAUCGCUGCUGUCAUGCACUUCCUGUACAUGAUCAUGCACUGCGUUGACGCCUGCAAAGAGAACGCCCCCGACCAGCAGCGCCACCGCCGCCAGAGGAGGAUGAUGAGGGAUGCCGAGAGGCGGGAACGGCGGGCCGACCGGGACGCCGCCUCGGCGGGGCACCAAGACCCCGAAACGGCCCAGGUUUCGACGAGGUGA